AUGAUUGCGUUGGAGCCAAUUACGGAUCUUUCUACGAUCACAUACCUUACCAUUGACGCCGAGGAUGAAAAGAAAAUCCUCGAAGAAACAGAAGUCAACCCCGGAACCAUAAGCGACACCCAAAUCGUGCAAGGCGAAUACGACAGCACUGAUAUCGCCGACUCAAAUGGCGAUUGCCCCGACGAGCAAGACCAGCAAGCCCUCGAUGAUUCUGAUGCUUGUAAGAUUUUGAGUGACUUGUCCGACAGUGAGCGGACCUCUAUGGAUGUCAUGAGAAUCAUCGAGAGUUACGGAGUGGACUUUGAGAAAGCAGGUAUCUCCUGGAAAGGCUUCGAGUCAUUCGUUCCAAUCGUGUUGGCGCAAAUUGAAAAACAAGAGCCCAUUCGCAUGAUCCUGCCCGCUUUCCCAUUCAAGUCUCCCAAUUCUCGAGACAAAGUUCUCGGAGACAUGCCGGAUUUCGGCGAAGAAUUGGCCCUUUGCCAUUUGAAUGGCCUGUGUCAGAACAUCAUUGCAGUGUAUCCACCUGGAGCCGAUGUCUACAUCAGCUCGGACGGACUUGUUUAUAACGACAUACUCGGUGUCUCCGACGAGACCGUUUGGAACUACGGAGAGGCCUUGCGAAACAUGGCUGUUGAAAAGGAGCUCCACCAUGUGAAAUUCAUUCGCCUCUUCGAACUCCUUGAGCACCCCUGGUUUCCUACUUCCACUCCACAAGCCGCAAAGAACGCAUACCUCGCCCAUGCUGGUUGCCUUCGCCGAGAACUCAUGUACACAUAUGGAGACCCAAGCUUCGACGCAGCAAAAGCCAUCAAAACGGACAAUGACACCUGUCUCACAUAUCGCGGUUAUAUCAAGUUCCUCACCAAAGAUUUAGCUCACCAGAAAAGACCCCAAGACAUGUCGAAGCGUGGGUGGCAGGCAAAGAUUGCUGAGACCGCACGGCAGAUGAUCAUCCGCGGCAAAAUGUUUGCGGCCGCCAUCCAGAAAAACCGCAGGGACUAUGUGCGACUUUCCAUACACGAAUCUGCCGGCGAGAGAAAAUUGUCAAUUUCGUUAGUCCCGCAGAUUCGAGGCAGUCUAGGGUAUACGCCUUGGCACUCUGCUGUGGCCGUUGGACUUGAUGGCUCAUAUCGAACUGUCCAUGCCGAGGACGUACGCGAGACACACGACGUGGUAUACAAGAAUGGCCAGCCAUAUUACUUCCGUGAAAAGUCAAGCCUGUUUGACUGGUCUGAGAAUGGCCUCCUGGUGAAAUUUGAGCACCUCUACCCAUCCGGCCUGGUUGUUCGUCCCGCUGAUAUCGACAAUGUCAACCCACCUCCAUCGAUUAAAGCCAUCCCCAUGCAGAAGGUUCGCCAGCUGUCCAAUAACAUGUCGCCAAUCAUCCUGCGUGGGUUCGCAGAGACACUCGUUGAAGAACACUACCUUGAGAAAGCAUCCGAACUUGGAAGUGUUCUUCCAUGGAGCUUUGGAGUUAUUCAAAAAGUGCGAGACAAUGGCCGCUCAGACAAAAUGGGCAACAACGUCACCUCAAACGAGGCAAUGCCAAUGCAUUUCGACGGGAUGUUCAAGUUCGAAGAAGUCACUGACCCAAUGACGGGCGAGACGAAGAAAGUCCAACGUCCACCAGGGUAUCAAUUUUUCACUUGUCCAGCAACCGCACCGAAAGGAAACGGAUACACCCUCUUUGCGAGCUCACGGCUCUUCUUCCGGUAUUUGCCAUAUCCGUGGUCUGUCGACCGAUUGGAAAGUGUGACCUGGGCGAUGGACAAUGAUGGCUUCUGGGAUGCAAAGCUCAAGAACUUGCCCUUGGUGGUUAGACAUCCUGUCUCUGGUCUGCCUUGUCUUCGUUGGCAUCAGCCGUGGGACGCUACAAAGACGAAAUUCUCAACCUGUGAUGUGACUAUUGAGAACGAGGACAAUGGCUUGGUGGAGCUCAUUGAUCGGAUGACUUAUGAUUAUCGAAUUUGUCUUCGCUUCGGAUGGGAGAGAGGUGAUUUACUGGUCAGUGACAACACUGCCAUGUUGCACACACGCACUGGCUAUGUUAGUGACUGCGAACGAGAGCUUUGGAGGAUUCAUUGCGAUUGA